AUGCCUCUCUAUAUGAUAGAUGAAGAGCUUCGCCGGUUUCCGCUCUGGUCUCUCUUGCUGGGUAGACUCGAUGUCGAGUUAAUGACCCGCGGUCGUCGAGUGGCUAUUCUUCCUGUAUGUUUCCUAGCAGCUUACUUUGAGUUUUGGAAUAGAGACAGAGACGCAAUGCUGGGCGAGGAGGGCGAAUUUGACCUCUCGGAGACGGACGUCAACCCCGUCAACCAGAGCCAGGGGGCCCGCCUCCUCGAGGACCUCAAGGACCUCCGGGGCCUCCGGGGCCUCCAGGGCCUCCAAGACCCUCAGUAG